AUAACCCUUCUUCGAUGAGGGAGACCGACUUAACAAGUCAUCCUUACUCUUGACCAUCACCACCGACGACGGGCUGGACGUUCUGUCCUCAACCUCACUACUGGUACUGUUGUUCCAUCCUCCGGGUAAUGACUACAGUUUCCAGUCAGUGAUCGUCGCGUAGCUGCACCUAGUAAUUGUUUCACGGCUACUAGAAGGUCACAGUGCAUCCAUACUACAUAAACACGUCGAACUACCAUGCCGUCCUCGACAAUAACUGACACAGCCCUAGAUCCACAGUUAUCAUCUCUACCUCUCGCAAAGCCCUUUUCAUUUCAAAUGCCCAUUCCACGUCUGCCAAAGGCGAAGGAGAAGAACCCCCGGCUUCCACGACCAGCAACUGCCUCUGUGGCAGAGUGCAUCAAAGCAUACCUCCCCCCUGCGCCCCAGGUACCAUGUUUACUUGAUGGCCACACCACCAGGAACUUGGAUCCUCGUAUUUCUCCAAAGGACGUAGAUAAUUCUCAGGACACCGAUGAUUUAUCCAUGAAGUCGUUUGGAGCAUGCCCUGCGGCCAUGGUGUCAGUUCACUCAGCUCCCUCUGGUAGUACUUUUGAAACCCUGGCGGCGACAAGUACUCCUGGUGAUACUCCUCCCGAUAUAGAUGGAGGCGAGCAUGAUUGGGCUACCUUCAUGACCGCUUACGCAUCGGGUCAGUGGCAUCCUCAUCAAACGCCUCGUCAUCCUCGUUCAGCAAUGUCCCCUCCUCUUAUGCGGGAGGGCUCCGGACGAAACGAUUUUGUGAUGAGACGUGAUCCCGCUCCGAUCAUCGUCGAAUCAGUGCUCUCUGGGCAGGCUUCGGCUUCUGUAUCGCCCGCCUAUCAGGCUCUUACUUCUCCGGUAUCCUAUGGCGGUAUCAAUGAGACAGAUUUCAAGUACGCUCCCGAGAAAGUAGUGAUUGUCUCUGAUUUUCCCUCAUCCAUAUACCCUAACAAGUUAUUAUCAAAGAUUACACCGAAGUCAUUGUCGCUCAGCGGUCGCAGAUUCCGCAAGUCGUUCACAGAUCUACGACAUGCAACAGGAGCGCAGCCGAUGCAUCUCCAUUUAGAUGGGGCACAACCCUUCAGCAUUAGUCCGGAGGCAACUACUGCAGCUGCAACUAUGCGAUGGGCAGCAGCCCGCGUUAAUUUGGCUCCUCUUGCGUUGCCCUCUCCUGAGCAUGAGCUAACAGAUCCAAUGCGAGGUGUGCAUGCGGCAAUACCAGGAUCACAUCCGACUGCCAGUAGCCCCCCCGCCCAUCCGACAACGCCCGGCAUGUCUCGCAUCCGCACUGGUAGCUUCUGGGAGGGUACACAAGACGUUGAAGAUGAAUUAAGCGUGCCCACCCUACCCGGAUCGUUACCCAGAACCCCAUUACGCAACGUAGCCGAGGGAGAGCUGUCUCUGACUCUUCCACCGCCAGCCUCUGUUACACUGCAGCGUAACUACUCGCCUGAGCCGACAGAAGAAGGCGAUUACUUCACCGCAGUCAGUACAUCCGCUUCAGAUAAAGAUUCCUCAACCCCCGACCCCGCUCAACUUUGGCAGGAGUACGUAAACCAUAGGCGUGAUUCCGGGUCACUGGAACUCGCCGUUUGUACGGCACCUCCUCUUCCACGAAGGAUUUGCUUGACAAGGCAAACUUCUUCUCCCCUACCCGACAGCUACGGCAGAGAUCGUGGCUUGCCAGGAGGACGAUCAGUCUCAGACACAGUCAAUAGUUUUCGUGCUGGCCGGUCUGCAAAGGAGGAGCAAAUGUUCCUAGAACUUGGCUAUUUAGCUCCGCCCAACCCUCCGGACGAGCUCGAGCGAAGACGCGCUCUAUACAAGUUUAACCUCUGGAACACUGGUCCCGAUAUUAACUUCGAUCGCAUUGCACAUCUGGUAAAACUUGUGUUCAACACGAAAUGCGUGUACAUAUCCCUAAUCGACGGCACAGAGCAAUGGUUCAAAUCACAGUGUGGGAUGACGUUGAAGCGCAGUGCGAGACUGACGUCCUUUUGUGCACACGCUAUACUGCAAAGGGGUGACGAACCGACUGUUAUCCUGGACACAAAGUUAGAUUGGCGGUUUGCCAAGAAUCCUCUGGUUACCGAAUUUCCGAACGUUCGCUUUUAUGCUGGGGCUCCGCUGAGAACAUCCGACGGAUUCAACAUUGGGAGUCUUUCUUUGAUCGAUGAUUCGCCGCGUCAGGAUUUCGCCCCUCGUCAACGACACACUUUGAAGGAAUUUGCGGCACGUGGGUUCGAUUCAAUCGAUUCUGAAUCUGCCGUUGUAAUGCGUGAGAUGGAAUUGUGGCGUGACAAAAUCCAACUGCGUAUACGUGACAAAAUUCAAACCUCCAUGGAGCAGUUUAGUCGAGAGUGCCUUGAGAUUGACCAGAAAGACGGAAGCUUAGAUGACGAUCCUUACGCUAAUGCGUCCAUGGACAGAGUGUACGAUCGUGCCGCCAGACUUGUCAAGCGCACUUUAGAUGUCGAGGAGGUGGUAGUUAUGGAUGUUUCACACUGCGAAGUACUGGAGACGCUCAGUGCCGAAGCAACGAUAUCUGUUGUCAUGCAUCGUGGGGAUCCGCAUUCCCGACCAACGUCUCGCACGCUGACGGCGGAUGAAUACCACAAGCUAAAUGCGUUCUUUGACCAAUAUCCUGAUGGCAAGGUCUCUGAAGGCAUUUUACCAGUCUGCUUCCGUCCCUUUAUCCCAACGCAUAUACAGUAUGCACUUACUGUUCCUGUCUUCAAUAUCGACAAAAGGCCAUUUGCCUUGAUUUGUGCUUACAAUGCCACUGAUCCAUCGCGACGAUUUCUUGAAGGACAUGAACUGUCUUAUCUCCGUGCUAUAGGUGUCAUCAUUCUCUCUGCUGUCCUCAAGAGGAGGAUGAUGCUGGCCGAUCAAGCGAAAAGUCUAUUCAUCUCCAACAUCUCUCACGAGCUUCGUACUCCUUUGCAUGGGAUUCUGGCUGCGGCUGAACUGCUUUCCGAUACUUCAUUAAGCCAUAGUCAGACUUCUUUCCUGCACACUGUGCAGGCGUGUGGGACAUCACUUGUCGAAACGGUGAACCACGUCCUCGACUUCACGAAACUCAGCGGCAAUAUGAAGGCAGGUGGCGUGGACAACGUUAUCACAAGGAGCACAGUGGAUCUCGAACAACUCGUCGAAGAGGCAAUCGACGGAUCUUGGAUUGGACACUGUGCCCGCACAUCUUCCAUUCGCGACUCCGAAAUUGGGAGUGUUUAUGCUCCAGCUAUGGAACAGCGAUCUGCAAGCGUUAUGGCUGCUCCAGCUUCUUCGAAGCACGUGGAGAUCAUUGUCGACAUCGACCGUCGUGAAAGCGGAUGGAUAUUGAAGUGCGACAAAGGUGGUAUUCGAAGGGUGUUGAUGAAUCUUUUCGGAAACAGCCUGAAGUUCACGACUGACGGAUACGUUCACGUAUCUUUACGCGAAGCGCCAGAUGAUGAGCCUGGUAUGGUGGAGUUGUGCGUCAGCGAUACGGGAAAGGGUAUUAGCCAAAACUUCCUAAAGAAUCACCUGUUCCAUCCCUUUUCGCAGGAGAACCCUCUACAAGCUGGAACAGGUUUAGGCCUCGCGAUCGUCAACAGCAUUGUCCAGUCUCCCAGUGUGGGAGGAAAAGUGGAAGUAUCCAGCGAAGAAAACGUUGGUACAGAUAUCAAGAUCACCUUCCAAGCAGAGGCUUUGGAAGAUGGUGCAAGUCCUCUACAAUCACCCUUCAUGUUCGACGGCGCUGCCCCAAUCGUUACCUUCCUUGGGUUCAAGCAGAAGAGUAAGGGUGUUCAGAUGCUCAGUGAUGUGCUUCGCAAGUACCUCCAGGACUGGUGGAAAUUCAGAGUGCAGACUGACGGAGGUGAGUUGAGCGACAUCGUGAUCAUAAACGAAGACUCGUCGCCUGUUGUUACCGCUCUUGAGAAAAUGGACUACCGUCGGUCGUUCAUUAUCUUGUCUUCAAGCAGAGGCAGCCCGAGGGUCAUGGGGAUUUGCGGCGCCUACGAGAACUUUGGUGGUUUUUGCCGCAUCGUUCACAAACCAGGUGGACCGUUCCGACUGCGCGCUGCGCUGAAGCAACUACUUCGAGCCAGGCAAAGACGUCAACAACGUCUGCCAAGCUUUGCCAGCUCUAGGUUCUCAGAUGAUACCAUCUCUCUGCACUCCUCCAUGCUCACAGACGAGUUAUCGAGUCCAGACCGGCUUCGCCGAAGGAGCAUUGAUUGGGGUUCACAUAGCCGCUCAACUCUCGAAUUUCCCAUCUCCGCACCUGACAAUACUGCUCCUCCCUCGCCGGAUUUCGAGGAGGUACCAUCCUCUCCGGAGGACACUGAGCUUGAAGGCUCAAUCUCAAGCAUGUCAAGUUCCACGGUGACUAUCGGUACAGACGGGAUGCUCCUGGAGUCGUCGGUUCGUUCCCUGGAUUUAGAUCGUCCUCAUCCAAAAGUGCUUGUAGUUGAGGACAACAAUAUCUUACGAAGUUUACUUAUCAAGUGGUUGACAAAGAAGGGAUUUGACUAUCGCGAGGCAGUUGAUGGUCGACAGGGAGUCGACACGUUUGAAUCUGAAGGACCAUUCGACGUCGUUCUUCUUGAUCUGUCUAUGCCCAUCCUUGAUGGGCUGGGCGCCACCGUCGAGAUCCGCCAGCUUGAAAAGGCUCGAGAAAGCCGGCAGCCAAGCGUCAUCCUAGCCUUGACUGGGAUGUCAUCGCUCGAAGAUAAACGCAAGGCAUUCGAAGCUGGUAUGAGCGGAUAUCUCGUCAAACCAGUAGCAUUCAAAACGCUCGAAGAGAUGUUCCGCAAGAUAGGGCUCUCGUGAUACUGUUCAAGCAAAUCUGUAGGCCCAUCUACAGACUUGCUUCACGUACAUAUAUUACACCGUUUACAUAGUGACAUGACCAGAUAUCCACGUUUGACAUCGACAUUUGUUUGUUUUUUUCGACCCCUUUUGUUGCAUACAUAACACAUCCCAAGAGCACUUCCUUCACACUGAUCGCACGUUUCAUUUGUUUUCGGAUCGGUACUAGACCAUGUAUUUUAUUUGUUACGGUUGGAUGCGGUGCAUUUCGUAUAUGUAUGAAAGGAUAUGCUCGAAUUUCGGAAAUUGGUGAGAGUUAGACAAUGGUAUUCUU